AUGGGGGUUUCUAGUCUGGGUCAACCAUCCUUCACUUUCCUCCUGCCGGAUCCAUCGCCGGCAGUCACACGCUACACCACGUCUGACGAUCACUCCGCAACGGUAGACGCCAACAAUGGUGGAUGUGCCAGUGUCCUCCCGGUCUGCUGCAACCCGGCUGUCUAUGAGUCCGCACUUGAAGCCCUUUCCAACAGUCCUGACGAAUCCAAGCUCCUGUAUUGGUGGUGUACCCAGGCCAGGGGUCUCAUUGACCACGCCCCCAACGUCUGUCCAGCCAGACCCGCUGCCUGGCUCUGUGAUGUGUCAGAUUUAGAACUCGUUCGGCGCUUCAUCUUCGGCUCCGCCUGCUCUGUUCCCUCGACAUCCGCUGGGCCUUCUGUGGAGCUAGCUCUCUUUCAUAAUGCAUUUCGAGGAUUUUAUCGCGAUUCUUUGUCGGCUCUUUUGUCCUUUUCCGAGAAAUUCCUGCAUUCUACAGAGGACGAUCUUGCUCUUGACCUCUGCAAUCGGCUUUUACAGACCCUUCUGCCCCUUACCUUCAACGAGGAGUCGCGGAUCCAGCUCCUCGCAGGUGUCCACUCCGCAGCUCUGACGCGCGACUUCUCACCACUAGAGGUGAGUUUUGUUUUCUAUCUCAUCUUAUCCCUCUUCCUGCACUUGCCUCUUCUCCUGGAAGAAUUCACCUCAAAGCUGUACUCCCCUGCUCAAGUAGUUUCAGCAGUUUAUACAUAA